GGCAGCGUCGGAGCCGUGCUGGAGAGAGCCCGGUCCCGCACCCACGGGGCUCCGCUUCCCGGUGGUGGGGGGAAGCCAGGAGCUGAGCCCCGGAGGAGGGUCCAGCAGCGGAGCCCCGGAGCCCGGCUGCAGAGCGGUGCGGAGCCCCGACGGAGGGUCCCGGAGCCCGGCUGAAGCCCCGAGCAAAGCCCCGUCGGAGGGUCCCGGAGCACGGCUGAAGCCCCCAGUAAAGCCCCGACGGAAGGUCCCGGAGCCCGGCUGAAGCCCCCAGUAAAGCCCCGUCGGACGUUCGUGGAGCCCCUUCGGGGCAGCCGGUUACACCGCGGCGAGAGCCCCGGAGCGCGGUGGGAGGAAGCGCCCCGAGUCCUCGGUGAGCGGCGGUGCCCGGGGGAUCUCCCCCCGGUCGCUCCAUGGACUGAGAUGGCCUCGGAGCUGGCCAUGAGCGCGGAGCUGCCCACCAGCCCCCUCGCCAUCGAAUACGUGAACGAUUUCGACCUGAUGAAGUUCGAGGUGAAGAAGGAGCCGGCGGAGGCGGAGCGGUUGUGCCACCGGCUGCCAGCCGGGUCCCUCUCGUCCACCCCGCUCAGCACUCCCUGCUCCUCCGUGCCUUCCUCGCCCAGCUUCUGCGCUCCCAGCCCCGGUGGGCAACCAGCCCCUGGCCCCCCGACCACCACCGCCGCUUCCCUGGGCUCCAAGCAGCAGCUGGAGGAGCUGUACUGGAUGUCGGGUUACCAGCAUCACCUCAACCCCGAAGCUCUCAACCUGACGCCGGAGGACGCGGUGGAGGCGUUGAUCGGUGCCCCUCACCAUCAUCAUCAUCACCACCAAGGCUACGAGUCUUUCCGACCUCAGCCCUUCGGUGGUGAGGAGCUACCCCCGGCCGCCCAUCACCACGCCGGUCAUCACCAUCAUCAUCAUCACCAUCUGCGCUUGGAGGACCGCUUCUCCGACGAUCAGCUGGUGAGUAUGUCGGUACGGGAGCUCAACCGGCAGCUGCGGGGCUUCAGCAAGGAGGAGGUGAUCCGCCUCAAGCAGAAGAGGAGGACCUUGAAGAACCGGGGCUACGCUCAGUCCUGCCGGUACAAGCGGGUCCAGCAACGGCACAUCUUGGAGAACGAGAAAUGCCAACUCCAGAGCCAAGUGGAGCAGCUCAAGCAGGAGGUGACCCGCUUGGCCAAGGAAAGGGAUCUGUACAAAGAAAAAUACGAGAAGUUGGCCGGCCGGGGCUUCCCGAGGGAGCCCUCCCCAUCCGCUGCCCCCAAACCCACCGCUGACUUCUUCAUGUGAGCCGCAAACCCGGGGAGGGGGGGGGGAAAGGUUGUGUGUGUAUAUGGGGGGGUCCUCCCUUUUUUUUUCUCCCCCUCUCCAUGUACGGAGCGAACCCUCCGCUUGUACAAACCCCAACAAAUGUGUUAUUUUUGGGUUUCUCACUGAUAUUUUUGGGAAGGCGGGAGCUGAACCCCCCCCGAUGGGACUCGAGGGGGGGGGGGCCCGGAGCCAGCCUGCAUGCGGGACGUGUACGGCCCCCCCCGGGAGCAUCGGCGCUAUGCCGGUGGCUUCUCCCACGCAUCCCCCCCCAUCCCUUACCCUACAUGUUUGACCCUCAAUUUGACGUUGAGUUUUUGGAGGGCUUCCCCAUAGAUUGGGGGGGGGGGGUGGGAAGCCGCCUCCCUUCCCCCCCCGCCAAACCUGAGCCACGUUUAACUUAUUCACCCUUGUAAAUAUGUAGAAAUUAGUUAGUUUUUUGCCUUUUUUGGGGGGUUGUUUCUUCUUCCUCGAGCCUAUAUUUUGCUUGGUUAUGAAUUAAAAAACCAAAAUCCUUUAGAAAAAGAACAAAAAAAAAAAAAAAUACACGAGUCUUAAAAAAAAAAGUUUGUAUGUAAUAGCAUGCAAAUAAUAUCGAGUUAAUUUAACGAUGUUGGGAAGAAGCCGAAUGCACUAUAUACAGGAAAUCGAUUGGGUGAAAUAAUACUGUUUUAUAGAGAUUUAAAGUUAUCUAUGCUCUUACAAAUAGCGGGGAGGGAAAGGGAGGGGAGAGGGAACAAUUUUAGGGCGACCUGAAAGGCAAUAUAGUAAUAUAUGAACUGCGAACGGUUGGCUGCUAUCUCACUAUGCACCAGAUUUAUUUAUUAACCCUCGGGAAACGGAGUUGUUAUUUUAACCUCGAUGUGGGAAGAAGGAGAGAAAAGGCACGUUCUUUCUUGUGUAAAAAAGAAAGGAGAAGAGGAGGAUCCGUGCAAUUGUGCUUGGAGCAACCGCGGGGCCGAUCCUGCGCGGAGGAACGGGCGGGUGGUUGUUGCUGGUUGUUUUUAUACCAAGUUGCUUAUUUAAACGCGAAAAAAAAAACCGUUAAAAAAAAAAAUAAUGACUUUUGGGGUAAAUCACAAAGGUCUUUGGGACAAAGCGAGCUCGGGAGCCUGGUGCAUUUUAGGUACUGAUCGUGCGAAGCGUUUUUAACGACCUGUUGUUUCGAUUUGUGACGGUUUUAACGAUGUUGCAUCAAGAUAAAAACUUAUAUUCAACUAGA